ACCAGAGACGUCGCAGAUUCUGGCAAGCGACUGUUGCUGAAUCAGGACAAUUUCACAUAUCGAAAUCCUGUUUCUUGCUGAAUUGUCUUCCUCUGUUUCCUUGUUCCAUGAUGGUUUCUUGAAGUGGAUAGGAGUGUCGCACUUAGUCUUAUAGAAUGGAGUUCUUGGCUGAGGACAAUACGUGUGGCCAGACGCUUUUGCGUCUGGUCAGUCGAGGCAAUGCCAUCAUCGCUGAGCUGCUUCGCCUCUCCGAUUUCAUACCACCAGUUUUCAGAAUGGAAACGAGAGAGGAACAAGAGAAAUAUCAGUAUAUUCUUCCUGACUUUGCCUACUUUCGUGGUGCUGAAUUCUACGACCACAAGAUUGACACUAGCCCUAUGCUGCAAGAUCUUGAUGAGGAAUUCCGAGAAAAUCACAUGGAGAUCCUGACUCGCUUCUAUUUGGCUUUUGAGAGUAUUUACAAAUAUGUCUCUGACCUCAACAGAUUUUUGGAGGAUCUAGAAGAAGGUGUGUACAUUCAGCACACCCUGGAAAUGGUGCUCUUCAAUGGCGAUGGCAAGCAGCUGAUGUCUGAGAGCCUGUAUCUUUACGGAGUCAUGCUGCUUAUCCUGGACAUGAAGAUCGAAGGACCAAUUCGUGAGCGAAUGCUUGUUGCUUACAACCGAUACAAUGCGGCCCAAACUGUGGACUCCAGUAUGGACGAUGUGUGCAAGUUGCUGAGAAGUACAGGCUUUGUAAACGGAGCGCCACCCAAGAAGCCGCCCAAGUAUCCAGAGGACUAUUUCUCUCGUAUUCCCAUCAACCAGGAGUUCAUUGAGAUGGUGAUAGGACGGUUGCGAUCGGAUGAUAUCUACAACCAGAUUACCAACUACCCAUCACCAGAACAUCGCAGCACGGCACUGUCCACACAGGCAUCCAUGCUUUACAUCAUUCUCUACUUUUCACCACACAUGCUGAACACGCAGCAAGCCAAGAUGAGAGAAAUUGUAGACAAGCAUUUCCCCGACAACUGGGUGAUCAGUGUCUACAUGGGUAUCACGGUGAAUCUCAUCGAUGCCUGGGCACCGUACCGUGCUGCUUCCACUGGCCUGAACAACACUCUGGAACAGGGAAACAUUGUUGAACAGGCAUCUCGUCACAUUAUUCGAGUAGGACAAUUGAACAAGGCGGUUGACAAGUAUCUACAAGAAGGUGUUCUCAUUGAAGACUUUGUUCUGGAUCACAUUCCCAAGCUGAUGAACUGCUUACGGGAAUGCAAUGUUGUCAUUCGAUGGCUGAUGAUGCACACUAGUGAAGCUUCGCUUGUGGAGGGCACCAAGCGUGCCAAGAUGAUCUAUGACAUAGUAGUUGGACAGCAGUAUCAUGUGAAUGCUCUGUUCAACCUGCUGCUCAACACUGCUCAGCUUGAGUUCCGCUUGAAGGAGAUGUUCAAGAUGAUGUUGGGCAGCAAGAAGGACAAGUGGGAAGGCUACAAGAAGGAGGGUUCGGAGCGAAUGGCUGAACUGGCCGAAGUCUUUUCUGGUAGCAAGCCUCUAACACGUGUUGAGAAGAAUGACAACCUGCAAGCCUGGUUCAAUGAGAUGGCAUCUCAGAUCACAUCAUUGAGCUAUGAUGAUUCAACCACUGCUGGUCGAAAGAUUGUGCAGUUGACGCAGGCAUUGGAAGAGGUGCAAGAGUUUCAUCAGCUUGAAACCAACAUGCAGGUGCGGCAGUUUCUGCUGGAGACACGCAAGUUUCUGCAUCAGAUGAUUCGCACGAUCAACAUCAAAGAGGAGGUUCUCAUCCAGAUGCAGAUCAUUGGUGAUCUGUCAUACGCCUGGCAGAUCAUUGACAACUACACAGUGUUCAUGCAAGAGGCAAUCAAGCAAGAUCCCAGUGUGGUCACAAAGCUCCGUGCCACCUUCCUCAAGCUGUCUUCCGCACUGGAUGCCCCACUUGUGCGUAUUAGCGAGUGUGGUAGUAAAGACUUGGUCUCCGUCUCCCAGUACUACUCUGGUGAACUGGUCGCCUACGUGCGGCGGGUGCUGCAAAUCAUUCCGCAGUCUAUGUUUGGUGUUCUGGAGAAGAUCAUCACUAUGCAGACACGUAGUAUUCAGGAGGUGCCAACUCGGCUGGAAAAAGACAAACUGAAGGAGUAUGCUCAGCUUGAUGAGCGUUACCAGGUUGCCCAACUGACGCACAGCAUAUCCGUGUUCACAGAAGGUAUUCUCAUGAUGAAGACAACACUUGUUGGCAUCAUCAAGGUUGAUCCUCACCAACUGCUGGAAGACGGCAUUCGUAAGGAGUUGGUCAACAAAGUAGCAGCCGGUCUGCAUCAGUUCCUGGUCUUCAACCCCAAAGCUAAGGCACCGGAGUUGCUCCCCCGCUUGGACGGUCUGAGUGCCCACAUGGAGGGCUUCCGCAAGUCCUUUGAGUACAUCCAGGACUACGUCAACAUCUAUGGGCUCAAGAUCUGGCAAGAGGAGGUCUCUCGCAUCAUCAACUACAAUGUGGAGCAGGAAUGCAACAGUUUCCUGCGUACAAAGGUCUAUGACUUUCAGUCUGUGUACCAAAGCAAGACGAUCCCCAUUCCUCGUUUCCGACCAGUUGAUGCCUCCGUCAACUUCAUGGGACGCUUGGCGAGAGAGAUGCUGCGAAUGACAGAUCCCAAGGUGACAUAUUUUGUCAACCAGAUGAACACAUGGUACAACAACCGCUCAUACGAUGAGGUGAUUGAUUCCAAAGUGUUCGCCAAGCUCCAGAAUGCUGUAGGAACGUUUGGCUUGUCAGGUCUGGAUCGUCUCUUCUGUUUCAUGAUGGUCAAGGAACUGCAGUCGUUUGUGCGCAUGCUGAAAAGCAUGACGGCGGAUGUUCCGACCAAGAACAUGUUCAAUGCCGUGCUCAAGAACCUCUUCCCACUCAAGGCUGAACCUGUCAACCCUGGAAAGCUCUACCAACAAGCCAUUCAGAAAUCCGCACGCCUGUGGCCGCCUGUCCUGGAAGUUGUGUUGAAUAUUGGACAGCGACAGCUGCUGCGACGACAGAUUGCCAAUGAGCUACGGUCAUCAUGCCGCUUCGACUCCAAGUUCUUAGCAUCGUGUCUGGCCACCUUCAACCAGUCAAUCUUGACUGAUAUCCAGGCUCAUUACGCUGACCCGUCUUUGCCCUACCCGGGUGAAGACAAUCCUCUUCUGUCAGAGCUCACAUCUUACUUGGAGACGUCCGGUAUUCACAAUCCUCUCACCAAGAUCUACAUCACACCGAGCAAGUCAGAAGGCCUGUCUCUAAUACUGUUCAUCUUCACGCUGUCUCUGCUGCCUAAGCUGCAGUAUCUUCGCAGCCUCGGUGGCUUUGUUGCCAAGAAGGGUGUCGAGCCGUUUGAUGGUAUUGCUUUCGUGGUGGGACUGGUGACGAUCCUGCACCAAUUCCACACGGAUGCUACAGAAGUCUAUCUGGCCUUCUGUGCCCAGUACAUCCGCAGUAUGGUUGAUGCCGCUGCCUCGUCAAAGGACAAGUCACCUGACCUGCCUGCAGAUUGCAUUGCUCUUCUGGUGUUUUUGGAGGAGUUUGUGUGCUACGGCGAGCACUCACAACAGAUCUUGGAAGGAAAGGUACCACCGUACAUUCUGGAUGAGUUCCGCCACAACGUACCCAGAGGUACCUUACCUGCGGCUAAGUAAGAAGCGCUAUCAGUGAACAUACCCAGAGGCACAGCACAUUGCUUGCAUCCAAGUAAGCAGUGCUUCCAGCAGCUAUCAGUGGCCUCAUUUGCUGUGCACUUCACUUGCUAAUUUUCUUGAUCAUCAUUUUCAAAUUUCCAAAUUCAUUAUCAAUAUUAUUGGCUGCACUCUUUGUAUCAUAUAGUUUUGGAGGUAUAUUGAGAGAAGAAAGUCACAAAAUUGCUUGCCUCGGCAGCAUCCAUCAGUCUCAUUUUCAGAUACGAAAAAUUAUGCCCCAUCACAACACAUUCGUCAUGUUAAUUAUUUAGCUGCUCUCUGCUGGCGCAGGCACCGGUCCUUGCUUUUGACAAUCGCUUUUUUCUUUUUGUUUGUGAAUGUGAAUCUUGCAAUAUUCUUGUGUUACUGAAUCUGUAUUGACAGCGGAAUGGUGCGAAGGCUUUGAUGUGGUAUUUUGUUAGCUUUGUGAAGUUUAAAAUCUUGUAGGACGCUUUGUGAAGUUUGUAUAUAUUAUAUACUUCAGUAUUCCAUGGUUUCCGCGCAAUACUCCCGCUGCAUACAAACACACUAUAAUCCAUUGUACUUUUCACGUUAAAAGUGGAUGGAUCCUUUUUACUUAUACGAAUAUUCUCCAUGGUAGCCAUCUGUCAAAGCCAUUAGGUUAUUUGUUAUUUUAGACCUCCCUGACACUGACUGACAAACAACUACGGUGUUGGCUACAUCUUCGCCAAAUUUA